UGUAUUUUUCUUUCUUGUGUAUGAAAACCCAAAGCUUCUUUCUUUCCUUCUUCAGUCUUCUCUCAUCACCGUUUCUCUGCAAUUUGAUUUCUUUUGGAGAAAUUUUUCAGUGACAAAAAAAGAAGAAGAUUUUUUUUAGUUUACCGAAGUACUCUUCUACUGACGUUGAAACCCAGAUUUAAUUCCUCGUUGUAUUUCUCUCUAUUUUUAAAGGUCUAAAGACUAUGUAAAGAAAGAUUCUUUCAAGGUGAAGGAAAUAGGAUCAUUGUUUCUUUCGCUGGCUGGGGACAAUGAUCCUAACAAAGCAGUAUCGUUGUAUACACUCGUCUAGUUGUCAAUGCACAAAGGGUCAUCUAAGUGAAGAUGUGAUUUUCUUAGUGUUUCAACAACUCAACUGGAAUCCGAAGUUGAUUGCGACUCUUUCAUGCGUAUGCAAAUGGUUUGAUGAUCUUGCCAAGAGAGUACUAUGGAAAGAAUUCUGCAAAACAAGGGCCCCAAAGAUGAUGCUUGAUCUGCAGUCUAGUGGAAGUCACAGUGUUGAUGGGAACUGGAGAGCCCUUGGAAAACUACUUAUCUAUUGUUCAGGUUGUAGCGGUGGUCGCUUGUUCAAUAGUGUUCAGAUCCCUGGUCAUUUUGUUUACAGGACCAGGUUCUCUAGGACCUCAGGGAAGAGCUUCCUUUUACCGCAAUGCCGGACUGAUAUUUUAUAUGUGUCUGACCCUUGUGAACAUCUGGACCAAGGGGAUGAGGGUGAUGUGGGAUUUUUCCGAGGAGUUUUCAAGUCAUUCUUGGUGUCCAAGGUUCGGAAGAUGUUGAUUGACAGGGCAGCCAAGCUUCAUCCAACAGCAGUGUGCCCUUAUUGUAAGGCAAAGUUGUGGGACAUGCUGCAAGCUAAGAUGAUACCACAAAGUGCAAGCUGUAGGUUGGGUGCUUAUGAGGAUUGUAUAGAGUAUUACGUGUGCCUAAAUGGUCAUAUGCUUGGCAUCUGCACCCUUUUGCCAUUGUCUGAUUCUGAAGAGGGAUCUGAAUCAGAGUGAUAAUUUGAAUGCAAACCAGUUUGUUUGUCAUCUCAUGUGUGGAUUGAUCUCCUGGUGGAUCAGAUAUAGAUGGUGUGGAGACAAGAUGGACAGUACUAACCUUGGUUCUCUGAACCUGAAAUCAACCAUCAUAACUCGGCCUCCUCUCUCUGGUGUUUGGUUGCUUUGUCUAAAGCCCUCACCAAGUGUUUUCUAGAAGGGUUAGAAGCUAUUGCUAACCAUUUGCUUUUUUCAAUUAUACAUUGUUCUAAUGAUGGUCAGUGUGAAACGUGUAAUAUUCCGUACUUUGUACAUUUAUGUAUGGCUCAUAUAGGUUUGAAUAGAUGAUUGGCUUCUCCAAUAGUUCAUGAAGUUGUUGUUUAGAUCAUUCAUUCACUCUGUUUACUUGCUUUUCUUUAAGAAAAAUCAUCCUGGUUUUGAAA